AUGGCAUCAGAGCAGACCCCCUUGAGGCUCUCGUUUCUGCUGGAUCACGUGGUGACGGACUUGAUCUCCUUCGAUGCGGACGAAGCAGACAUUACGAGAGUUUUAUUACAGCUGGCCAAUUCAAUAAACAAGUCUUCUUGCUGCGCAGGCACACAGCUUUUCGAGCGUGUGGACUCUCUUCGUGCAAGCAAUGUGCAGCUGACCGUGCAGAAGGAACGCUUGCAGCAGGAAAACUUGCAGCUCCAAAUGAACACUGAGUCCAGUCUUGGGAAGCCACGGGCAGCACUCGAAACUAAAAUCUACCAGCUACAGGAGGAGAUGACGGAGUUACUGCGCCACAAGUCUGAGCACUCACAGCAGCUAAUUGAUGCCAAGAACAACUUGGAAGAAAAAGAGCGCCAGCUGAACCUCAAGGACGCAAGGAUCCAGGAGUACGAGGCUGAGGUGGACCUGUUGAGGGAAAGGCUUAGCACUACUGCGAAGGAGCUGCAGGACAUGAAAGAUUCCAAUCAGCUCUUGCGGGAUGAGCAUGAAGCCCUGCAGCUGGCAUACAACAGCCUGGAGCGCAACUUGAACACCCUUGAGCGGGAUCACCAGGACCUCAUUAAGCGCUGGAUGGCGCUCAAGUCGCGAGAUGCCGACAAGCUCAAUGCUGAGAAUGAGCGCAUGUUACGGCUGAAGCAAGCUCAAGUCAAGAGGGACCUGGAAGAUGCUGCCAGGGAGCCCGUGGUGGUGCCCAACGACAGCACCCGGUCGGUGCCACCUAUGUGCCUGCAGUCAUUUGUGCCGAAUCGGCUGCUGCUGAAAUAUGAGGCGCAUGAGGGUGAGGUGAAUGCCGUGCAGUUCUCACCUUCUGGCCGUCUCCUCUGCACGGGUGGUGGUGACCGCAAGGUGAAGAUCUGGGAGUUCACCAGGGACCAGGCCCUGCUGAGGGGCACCCUGGGUGGGAGCAAUGCAACGGUCAUGUCUCUCGACAUGGACACUGAGGAGAACCUGAUCCUGGCAGCCUCAAAUGACUUCUCCAGCAGGGUGUGGACACUUAGCGACCAGCGGCUGCGGCACACACUCACUGGCCACAGUCGUAAAGUCCUGGCGGCCAAGUUUCUGGGCGACACAGGGCGAGUGGCCUCGGGAAGCCACGAUCGCACCCUCAAGAUCUGGGACCUUCGUAGCCGAGCCUGCAUCCGCACAAUAUUUGCCGGCUCUUCCUGCAACGACCUGGUGGCCAGUGACAGCGCGGGUACAACAAUCAUUAGUGGCCACUUCGACAAGCGUCUGCGUUUCUGGGACUCGCGAGCAGAGAGCAGUGCCAACGAGAUCGUGCUGGGUGGCCUGAUCAGCUCGCUGGACUUGUCUGCCGACCGAUGCCAGCUGCUGUGUUGCGUGCGUGACGACACCAUCAAACUGCUGGACGUGCGCAUGAACCAGGUCCUCGUCAGCUUCCAGGAUGACAACUUUAAGGUGGCCUGUGAUUGGACAAGGGCCAAGUUCAGUCCUGAUGCAAGUUAUGUGGCGGUCGGCUCCCACGAUGGCACUCUCUUCAUUUGGAACACACAGACAGCCAAGCUUGAGAAAAAACUUAAAGAGAUGAGUUCACCCAUCAUUGCCUGCUCCUGGAAUCCUAGUGGAGACUACAUUGCAAGCUCAGAUCGGGACAAGAGGGUCUGCAUCUGGUCCCAAGUUUGAGCUUCAGCUCUUCCACAGAUUCGCCUCAUUAAACUGAAACAGAUUUUU